CAGCCAGAAGAGAAAAAAGGGCGGAGAGAAGCAGGUCAGUAGAGCGUAAGCCAAGAAUCCGAGCUGCAGCUGAUUAAUUAAGAUGUUGCUAUUGCUGUUGACCAUGGGUAAACCUACGUAGUUAUGCCGCUUCCUCAGUAACAUACGGUCUUUGUCCUACAUUUGUGCUCACACCACGGAAAGCUCCACUCGAAGUCGCUCGUUGAAGUUUCUCCAUUCAUCCAUUCAUCAUGGUGGACUAUUAUCAGGUGUUAGGUGUGAGAAGAGAGGCGUCUGCAGAUGACAUAAAGAAAGCGUACAGAAAGUUAGCACUGAGGUGGCACCCUGAUAAAAACCCAGAGAACAAGGAUGAGGCUGAGAAGAAGUUCAAGGAGCUGUCCGAGGCUUAUGAAGUCCUGUCAGACGCCAACAAGAGGAGCAUAUAUGAUCGAUAUGGCAAAGAGGGACUGACUGGGAAUAAUGGAGGAAGAGGAGGCCACUUUCACAACAGAGACCAUUUCCAUGAACACUUCACAUUCCGCAACCCAGAAGAUGUGUUUAGGGAAUUCUUCGGUGGUAGGGACCCAUUUGCAGACUUUUUUGGCGCAGAUCCUUUCAGUGAAGAUCCGUUUUUCAACAGUGGUCGGCAACACCAAAGCCGUGCCAGUCACAGUCGUGCAGGAACAUUUUUUGGAGGCUUUGUUGGUUUUCCUCCCUUUGGUGCUGGAUUCUCACCUUUUGAUCCAGGCUUUGGCUCCUUUGGCUCCAUGGCUCACAUGGGUCACAUGGGUCAUAUGGGUCACAUGGGUCACAUGACAACAAUGGGCAGUCUAGGAGGUGGAGGCUUCACCUCUUUCUCCUCCACCUCUUUUGGAGGUGAUGGAGGAGGAGGAGGCGUGGGCAACUUCCGCUCAGUGUCCACCUCCACCAAGAUCGUCAACGGCAGAAAGAUCACGACUAAAAGGAUUGUGGAGAAUGGUCAGGAGCGUGUGGAGGUGGAGGAGGACGGGCAGCUGAGGUCUCUCACCGUCAACGGCAAGGAGCAACUGCUGCGACUGAAACACAAGUAAAGAGGGGUAAAGAGCGACCUCUGCUGGAGGAGUGUUACCUCAGCACAAGCAUACCAAUAAACUUGAGUUCUUUGAACCAGAGGGGAAAAAACAACAAAAACAAGGCAAUGUAUUAAUAGUGUUCUACUAUUGUUUGGAUGUACAUAUUUAGGUUGCGUUGCGUUUGCCCUCAUGUCCUCGCCCUGCUGACUCAUGUGUGACUCAGAUCAGAGGAUUUGCAGACUUUCUAUGCAUUUUGUUAAUGCAUUUCUGAAUUUGAGCUGUUGUGAUAUUUUGGCUCAUGUUGGUGUUAUUAUUUCAGUGUUUGGGACCACACUAUUGUUCUGUUGUACUGUAUGUGAGCAGCCCCUUCCACGACACUCCACACACACUCCACUCUUUCUGUUUGUGUACACUAAAACAUGAAUAUAUAACACAAAUGAAAUGCUCAAUUCGUUUUUUCCCAAAAAUAUAUAAACUGGUACAUCUCCCCCUCCUGUUUACUGCUUUGUUUAACUUCUUCAUAGUAAUAUUUUUAUUUUAUUUUUUAAAUUAAGAACAUAAUGCUGUUAGGAUGAGUUAUGCAAUUUUAUAUGUUCUAAUACCAUUGUUUGUUUUUAAUUACACAUGUACACUUGUUGAUGUUGAGUCUUAAUGUUAAAGCUGCAUUAUGAUGCAUAAAUGAUGGAAGGCAUUCUAUAAUAAUGGUAUAUGAAUAUAGAAGGAGAUUUGUGUACCUUGUUAGCCAAUAAAUUUGAGUUUCAUCCUGUUUUCAGGAUGCUGAACUUACUGCUCUCUCUAUCUCACAACAUAUGUAUGUUUGGACCUUUCGUCUCUCCUCUUUAAAAAAGUAAUUGUCAUUAUUUCUAAAGCGUUUGUCUCGUCUUGAUGUCCAAUUAAAAUGCUUUACACUACA